CUGCGCGCGCGUCUUCCUCCAGCACGCGCCGCCGCUAGCUUAGCACUCUUACUGGAGCCUCUGGCCCGCGCGUUCCUUUUCCCCCCGGCUGUGGAGCAGGCGGGAUCUUGCACCGCCGUCGGGGCAGCCAGAGCUAGUUAAGGCAGCGGCACGCGAGCCUCAGGGCGGAGCGUACCACCGCUCGACAGCACGCGGGGGGAGCCGCCCGCCCCGCCUCACACGCCUCGGCGAGCCCGCGGGGCUGAGGCGUCUGCGCGCCCGGCAGCGUGAGCGCAGAGCCGGCCUCGACCCCGAGCUCCAAGCGGCCGCGCCCGCCGCCGGCCCCACCCAUCCGGGCCGAGGAGGCCGCGGCCAUGGCCGAGACGGAGGAGCGGAGCCUAGACAACUUCUUUGCUAAGAGGGAUAAGAAGAAGAAGAAGGAGCGGAGCAGUCGGGCGGCGAGCGCCGCAGGCGCGGCGGGCAACGCGGGCGGGAGCAGCGGAACGGCGGGCGGCGGGCCGGGCGCGGGGACCAGGCCGGGCGACGGCGGGACGGCAGGCACAGGGUCCCGGCCGGGCGAUGGAGGGACCGCAGGCACGGGGGCCACGGGCCCCGGGGCCGCCACCAAGGCCGUGACGAAGGAUGAAGAUGAAUGGAAAGAAUUUGAGCAGAAAGAGGUUGAUUACAGCGGACUCAGAGUUCAGGCAAUGCAGAUAAGUGAAAAAGAAGAAGAUGACAAUGAAAAGAGAGAAGAUCCAGGUGAUAACUGGGAAGAAGGAGGAGGUGGUGGAGGUAUAGAAAAAUCUUCAGGUCCCUGGAAUAAAACAGCUCCGGUACAAGCGCCUCCUACUCCAGUAGUUGUUACAGAAACCCCAGAACCAGCAAUGACUAGUGGUGUGUAUAGGCCUCCUGGGGCCAGGCUAACCACAACAAGGAAAACACCACAAGGACCACCAGAAAUAUACAGCGACACACAGUUCCCAUCCCUGCAGUCCACUGCCAAGCAUGUAGAAAGCCGAAACAGGGAUAAAGAAAUGGAGAAGAACUUUGAAGUAGUAAGACACAAAAAUAGAGGUAGGGAUGAGGUUUCAAAAAACCAGGCCCUUAAACUUCAGCUAGACAACCAGUAUGCUGUGCUUGAAAAUCAGAAAAGCAGCCACACACAGUACAAUUGAGGAAUGGUCUUUGCUAACCCUUCUGAGGUAACUAGACCACUGCUUAUCACCAUGAACCUUUCAUCCGAUCUCUGUUGGACCUACAGCAGCUGAUGCAGACCCCUCGGUUUAAGUGACUGGCUCUGUUGCACUGUGGAAGUUUAAAGUGUCACAACUGCUCUUUAUGUAUACUGGAUUUAGGAGAGCUUCCAUUGUUAUAUAAAUGUGUGGACUAGAUUCAGCAGUGUUAUUUCAUAAUUGCUCUGCAAAUACAAAAAACCAAAACCUGCAGCAGUGGUCAUUUCAAAAAUCUUUUUAUGUUCAGAUACUGAGCCUUCGUAAGGGUUGACUACCUCAGAUUUGCUGCAUUCAUUGUGGACUUCAUGUGGAUCACAACUUCUGGAUAAGAAGGUUACAGCUAUUAAGGUGUCGAUAUGAACCUUGAAACCAGCUCUACUGGAUUCCUAUCAGAAAUCCUGCAGAAAGUCAGCCAUCUGGGUUCUGAUCUGCUGUAAAAGAUGAAGAUUUAAGUGACCUUAAUUAACCUGUCCUGUCCCCCACCCUAAGGAAUACUCUGUAGUAGGCUGUGGCUAUAUUAUACUUCCUGGAACAUGCCGCUCAAAAGAACUGUGUUCAGAUCAUCUAUGUAGGGCUGUGAAUUAUAAUUUAAGUUUUUAGUUAUAGUCUGAGGUAAACUACAAAUUGAAUUCAACCAAACUUGGGUCUACCAAGUGGGAAAAGGGGUGGGGGAAGGAAUAAUCUCGUUUCUCUUAGUCAUUUUUUAUUUGGAUAGUGCUUUUUCUGUGUUCCACAUUAAGGCCUUUUUUGCUUUGACUUGGAAUAAGUUCUUUGACAGCAUAUUGCUUGGUUAGGUAAGUAACCUGAAAUAUGCAUUAGAAUUGUGAAAUGUCUCCUGAAUUUGCCAAUCCCUGGAGUGGAACCAAAUAGCCUUUGACAUAAGGGGCAGCAAAUGCUGGACACUCUACUUCAGGUGCUGCUAAAGCCUCCAGUCAGGUCUAAAUUUACAGUACACUGCUGUGGAGACAGCGGUUUCUACUCAAACUAAGGGAUUCAAGCAAUGUGAGCAAAACCACCCACAAUCCAUUUAAGUGUCCUGGAUCUUGUAUGGGUGUUGAUAAGAGUUCCUUACAUACCUGUGUCCAAAUUUUUAAGGUAUUAAAACAUUCUAAAGAUACAGUGAUUGUCCCCACUAGCUCUGUUACCAGCCUUUUAGAGUGUCUCUAAUAGUGUUCAUUUAGAAAGGCAGGGCAAAAGACAGUGAUAUAGCCCUGCUGUUUUUAAUAAUUACAGCUUAAGCUAUCCACUAGUACUUAGUCCUUAAAAGGGACUUGUGGAAGUGCCCCAGGAUUACUGAGACAUUUCUUUCUACCUAAUGAGACAGUCUAGCAAAUUUCCUAGUUUUAUAUCUGUGAUUCAGUAGAAAUAUUUGUAGUGGUGUGUGACCACUUGAUGCAGAGCCUGGGUUUCUCUGUAAUAAAUCCAUUCACCAAAGGCAGGAGUUGUGGGCUUGCUGCUGGCAGGUGUGAAGUACAUGAGUGAAGGCAGCUGUCCUGGUGUGGGGCCAUUCUCUGUAGGAGUUUGGUCUUGGUGAAUAUGUUGGUGCAGGAAUUGGACUUUUAGGAGGGCUAUAGUAUCUCCUGACAGCACCUGCCUACCACUUCUGGGCAAUAAUGUUGGUAUUUGAGGUGGCAGGUAGGACAGCCUGCCUUCUGAUUUAUUUGGAUGAGUAGCUGAGCCAGUUGCGGGGAGGUAGGAUGAUUAAAGGAGACUUUUAAAAUUCUUGGUUAUACUGAAGACAUGAUUUGGGAGCCAAAAACCUUAACAAGUAAUCUCUUGGACCCUGAGCCACAUAUUUUCCUUAAAGUAUGCGUUUUUCCCACAAACUUUUGUUGGGUUAUAUUGUUGAGGAAUGAACUGAGAUGAAUAUGAGGUGGUUUUAUUUAAUGGCAUACUGUACUGGAAAUUUUGAAGACCUGCAGCAGACUUAAAUUCC